AAAAUGGCUCUUCGUGUUCAAUUUGAAGCUAGUAAUGAUGUCGGAGUAUUUUGCAAUCUUACAAAUGCUUAUUGUCUUGUUGGAAUUGGAUCUUCUGAAAACUUUUACAGCGUUCUUGAAGCAGAAUUGGCAGACCAUAUUCCAGUUAUCCAUUGCAGUAUUGCUGGGAUUAGGAUAGUUGGCAGGGUGACAGUCGGUAAUCGACAUGGAUUGCUUGUUCCAAAUGCAACGACUGAUCAAGAAUUGCAACAUCUUCGUAAUAGCCUUCCCGAUUCUGUUAAGAUUCGAAGGAUCGACGAGCGUCUUUCUGCAUUGGGGAAUGUUAUUUCUUGUAAUGAUCACGUCGCAAUUGUGCAUGCUGAGAUUAGCAAGGAAACUGAACAAGCUCUUGUUGAUGUACUUGGAGUGGAAGUCGGUUCUUAUGCCUGUCUUACUUCGAAUGGCGCGAUGGUUGCAGCCAAAACACCACCUGAGGUUACUAGAGAGUUGUCUUCUUUAAUUCAAGUGCCAGUUGUAGCAGGAACCGUUAAUAGAGGAUCUGAGUUAAUUGGAGCAGGAAUGUGUGUUAAUGACUGGAUUGCUUUUUGUGGCCUAGCAACAACCUCAGCAGAACUUUCUGUGCUUGAGUCCAUCUUCAAGCUUGGCGAUAAUGCACCUAGUGCAAUUUCCAGCAAUUUACGUGACACAAUUAUUGAAUCUAUGAUCUGA